ACAUGUAGUUGGAUUAUUCCCGCUAGGCGUUACUGUCUUAUCUGUGCUUGGGAGUCUCCCGGUCCCGGAGGAUCUACGGCCCAAGAUCCCGUGUUGCAGACUGUCAGUGUUUAGAUCUCUACCUAGUACCUAGCGCCUAGACAGGCGCUGUGUCGUCAUUACAUCGUGGCUCGGCUGUGCACGGCCGUGUGAUCUGCACAACGUCUUUGCGCGCAGUUUCGAUCGGGCACUCCGUUCAUUCAAUCCAUGUCAUAUCGAGCCUUUUUGCAGGCUUCUUGUGUUGAUGCCACCAGUGAGCGCCAGUGAACGCACGACGCGGAGCUAGCGCGGGAUAUCAAUCGGCGAUUGAUUUAUUCUUGCCGCCGCUAUUGCUGAAAAUAUCAUUGCUGUCCCUUAGUUCAAACGCUUCAAUUCUCCUCUCUCGCAGCCAAAAAAUUAAUGAUCUAGGUCGGGCACAAUACAGCAGUUGGCCUUUCUCACGUCACACGACAAUGGGACUGGCGUGGAUUUCUAUUGCCUUGCUGCUCCGCUGUGCUGCUGCAAUGGCAACGUCGGAAGGAAUUUCCUGCGAAGGAAAUAGGAAUGGAAACUGCUUCGUAUCCUCGUCGCAAGGUACUGCAGGCGGAGGCGCGGGUGCCAUGGCCGUGCCGCUCUCAUCAUUGAGUGUGCAGUCGACUUGCGAUGUGGACAGCGCUUACAGCGUGCCGUCCGCCAGUCGACCCGGAGCGUUUUUCCGCUCGGCAGUGCUGAACGACGACGACCUUCCUUUCAAUGGAAGUGUACGAAGGCUGCUUCAAGACUGGUACUACCAUGGCAACUUGACCAGCGGUGCAGUGGCAUCCGCCGCUGCUGGUUAUGCCACAUCAGCCUUUAUCAUUGCGUCUGUUGUAUUCGCCCUGGCGCUGAUCCUCCCCAUGCUCGGCGCCGUGUGGCAGGCGUACGCGCGGCGGAAAGCCGACGAGCAGCGGACGCGCACCGGCUGGUCACGCGACGCCGUACUCACGGCCGCCACCAUGCUCUUCCUUGCCGCGGGAGCACUGACGCUCGUCGUCGUGGCCAUGCUGGCGAGCUUCAACUCUCGGAGUGCGCUGAACGAUGUGGGCCCAGUUGUCACCGCAGACCUCAAGCAGCUUGAUCACUACGUGUCAUCAACAGUGCGCAGUAUGAACAGGACUUUGGUCGGAAGAGGCAAAUGUUUGGCCGACUAUGUUGACAAAGGAAAACCAGUUGAUGCUGCGCUGCUCGAACAUCAAGUACAGCAAGAGGAGCGCCUGCUCGGAAAUCUGUCCGAGUUUGCUCCGUCAGCAAGCCCUGCCAUUGCAAACCUCAGCGCCCUGGCGGCACGGCUGACGCAUGCUGCCGAUGCACUCAGAGCCGUGCUGGAUCAGCACAUGCAGGAGGCGAAUGAGAUGUUCUCAUCCGAUACGAAUAUCACAGAGCUUUGCUUGGACGAGUCUAGUAUGCGUAAUGUCGACUUGUCACCUGAGAAUGCCACCGACACGAACAAUACGGACAUCACUGGCUUGUGCGAGGACUAUGCGCAGUCCAAGAACUUGUCAGAGUACUAUGAGAAUCUGCUGGAGGGACUGACCUUGUCGUCAGAGAUGGUCUGUGAGCUGCUGUCUUGUAUGAAUGCAAGCAACGUCACCGGCCAGCACUGGAACGCCCAAAUACAGACCCUGAGUGCAACGCACAAUGCUAGUGCAUCACUGACUGGUGUGUUUGUAAAUGACACACUGGACUCUACAAAUGGCGACUCUUCGCCUGGCGCUGACUGGCUCCGAUCAGUGAAGUCUUCAAUGCAGCAGGCUAUGGAUGAAGGACAGGAGUUCCUCAACAGCACGCUCGGCCUGCCCGGCACAUACUCGAAGAUUGACGACAUGAUGAGCAAGUGA